UCGAGCUACGGAGAGCAGCGUUGGAGAGGCAGAGCGACCGUACAGUGCGAGUCUGACGAGCACCUGAUCAACACGGGCAGAAGAUGCAACAGUCCACUCUUACUUUCAGUCUCCGCUGUUUUCACAUUGACUGAAAUGUGGCGCGUCCGUUGAACCGAGUCCGACGCGUUUGUGUUUCAUUCCUUCGCGAACUGGAAGCGUUUCUACGAAUCAUAAUGAAUGACAUAAAAGUUGCAGUUCUGGGAUCCGAGGGUGUCGGGAAAUCAGCACUUAUUGUUCGAUUUCUAACCAGGCGAUUUAUUGGAGAAUACGCAUCAUCAUCAGAGUGCAUUUACAGAAAGCGCAUGUCUAUUGAUGGGAGACAGCUCAAUCUUGAACUGUACGACCCAUGUUCGCAGCCAUCCGAGGGGAAGUCCACUCUCAACGAGCAGAUCCACUGGGCCGAUGGCUUCGUGGUCGUGUACGACAUCAGCGAUCGUUCCUCCUUCCUCACGGCCAAAGCCAUGGUGCAUCUGAUCCGAGAACUUCACUUGGGAGGAUCUAAAAGAGACACAGACUCUGUGAUUUUCCUGGUGGGCAAUAAGCAAGACUUGUGCCACAUGCGGGAGGUGGACAGGGAGGAAGGCCAGAAGUUGGCGUCCGAAGGCCGCUGUCAGUUUUACGAGCUGUCUGCUGCGGAGCACUACCAGGAGGUGGUGCUCAUGUUCUCCAAGAUCGUGCGCAAUGCUAGUCUGGGAGGCAAGGCCAAGGAGCGCCGCCGUCGACCUAGCGGUUCGAAGUCCAUGGCCAAACUCAUCAACAACGUCUUCGGAAAACGGCGGAAAUCUGUGUGAGAACGAACUUGGACAAUUCUUACAGGACUGACGUAUGAGAUGCGUCACACUUGUUUAUAUAUUUCCUCAACACUUAUUGUUAAUGCCUUGUCUUGGCCACACAGUCUUUGAGCGGGUGAAUCGCAUCAAGAACAUGGACAUUUUUCACCCUAAACUCAAAAGAAAAUGAAGCCUGCUUGAGAACCAUUUUGCAUUGCAACAAUAUUUUCAUGACAUUUACCUCAUGAUUUCUCAUUACCGCAAUUAUAUAUUUGAAUUCUACUCAACAAUAAAAUCUAGAGUUUUUCUCAUUGUGGCAAUGCGAAAAUGCAUCAGUUUGAUGGAAAACAUUUAAAAUGGGCUUAAUUUGGUUAUCCAUAAUAUAAUCCUGUUUUAUUUUAUUUUUACAUUUGUGUAUAGCUGCAUAUUUCUGAUUUUGCCUUAAAUUUUUAAACUUUAAAUCACCUCUUAAGAUGUCUAAAUGACAGAUUUAAAAAAAAAAAAAACUACUAAGACAUUGCUGAUAUUUCGGGCUUGUGGAUUGUCUUACUGCCAAGUCAAAGUCAAAUCUGAGGUUGUGAAAUAUUAGUUAGCCUGCUAUGUACUCAUGGAUCAAUAAAAAAUAUUUGUGCAGUAUAAGAAACUCUUCACUCACUGUUUAAUGUAAUUUAAUCACUUUCUACAUGUAUGACAUGAGCAAUGAUGUGUCAUGACAUUUAUGGAUUUUGAAUAUUUUCAAAUUCCUGUAAAACAAAAACUGUGCAUUAAAAUGUGACAAUUUUGA